AAAUAUUUGUAAUCGAAUUCCAUCUCUUGGGUGUUCAAGGUGACGCGAAUAAGUCAGGCGCUGUCGUUUCUGGUUUUUCCAAAUCUCAUGGUUGUGUAGCUUACAACACACGAACCGAGAGUGGUUUACUCAUGCCGAACAGCUUUUGUGCACGCAAAAGACAAAAAAUAAUCAACUAGAUACAUAAAUAUCAAGUGUCUAAGUUUUUUUUUUUCAUCUGGCGUCGACGAUUUAAAGUGUCAUAAUUAAAUUAUAUCUGCACAUUUCGGUUUUUUGCAACUUGAAUUUGUGGGGGUAUAAAAUGCGGAAUUAAUUUUCGGUAUUGGAUCUAAGCGAGUUGUACGUGAGCAUGAACUUUCAAGGUAAACCGAAUAAGAAACCUUUUUUAAAACGCACAGACACAUAACAACACGGGAUAAUCCCAUCUAUACUAAAUUAAACGAGUGAGGGAACAAUAUGAGAUGUUAACGGUUGUCAAACGAAGAGCACCGACACUGAAGUUUUUUCAAAGUCAGUGUGAGAAUAACAUUUAGUUCGUUCACAUCGCAGUGCAGAUAUUUGAUAGAUGUUUAUAUUAAUCGUGUUUAGUUUUGUGUAACAUCGGAGGAAAACUAGCAUCAAACAUGAUUAAAGAUGGCACAAAUAGUCCCGUCGGCGGGUUUUACUCCGCCAUGUGACUACAGCAACUUUGCGGAUACUUUUGACCUGUCUUUACUUCCACCCUUAUCACCAAACUUCUAUCAAUCACAACCACCAGUGCCAAAAAUAUUCAGCUCGUUCUAUCCAGACUCCCCACAAGAGCCAGAAAUUGAAACGCCGGAUUUUCAAAAACUCCUCGAUAAAAAUCCCACAUCACCACCACUUUCCAAUAUAUAUCUGGAGGUACCUUCAAGUAAGAACUACCCGAACAGUCCAGUGGGUGCCAUUUAUUCGCCACAAUUACUCUCGCCAAAUAGCGGUGCUUAUUCACCGGAAAUAUCUUUAUACGGCCAAGAUUUCUACAAUACUCCUAUCAAACAAGAGGCGUAUUACGGUGAACUACCAAAGGAUACCGAUGAAAAUGUUUUGGAAUUAUUGGGCAACACAUUGUUAGAUAAACCAUGCAUCAAAGAAGAGAAGACUGCGGAUAUCUACAACGAUUUGAUGCAGUUUGAGAAUCAGGCGCAGAUUAGUGAAUGUAACGAACAGAAAAAAGAUCAUCAACUUCUGCGGGAAGUACUCAGGGACACCAGCUUUCAACGCAAGCAUAAUAUCAAACCAUUGGAUUUUCCGAACUUUGAGUUGGACAUCAAGAUGGAGCAGAAAACUGACGAUGAGUAUGUUGAACUUGCGCGUGAAAACAUCGAACCAGUGUUGAAUAUGGCCAUCGAACAAAUGCGUAAAGAUGUGAGCAAAACCUGCAGCGCUCUGUCUAUCUCACCAGAUCCAUCUCAGUGGUCUCAGAGCAACGUAUUGAGCUGGCUUGAAUUCACAUCGAGAGAGUUUAAUAUUCCGCAACCAACACCAGAACAGUGGGAUAUCAACGGCGUGAGCUUGGUUUGUCUCGACGAAGAGAAUUUCGUGAAACGAUCGCCGCAGGGAGGUGCCAUUCUCUACGCACAGUUGGAGAUAUGGAAAGCGGCGUAUCUGGAGGAUGACUUGGGAAUGCAAUGGUUUCCAGAGAACAGCAUAUCCAGCGCAGGUGACGUCAGCGACGAUGAAGAUGAAGAAAUGGCUUCCACACCUUCGGUUGAAACAAAGUCUCCUGGAAGCACAACUUCAACAUCAUCUUCACCUCGACCCGGCGGCGGUUCACAUAUUCACCUUUGGCAAUUCUUAAAGGAAUUGCUCGCGUCGCCACAGAUGCAUGGCUCGUGCAUCCGAUGGUUGGAUCGCAGUAAAGGUGUGUUUAAAAUUGAAGAUUCCGUCAAAGUCGCGCGUCUCUGGGGCAAACGCAAGAAUCGUCCAGCGAUGAACUACGACAAAUUAAGCCGUUCGAUAAGGCAAUACUACAAGAAAGGCAUCAUGAAGAAAACAGAGAGAUCUCAACGUCUUGUCUAUCAAUUUUGCCAUCCGUACUGCUUAUAAACAAUACAAUCGCAUUGUUUAAGUUAAGAGGUGUUGGGUAGUUGGAGGUUUCUUAAAGUUAUUAAGAACCUCUGCGUAAAACGUAGUUGUUAGGAAAUGCUCGACCAGUUAGGUCGACGACGGAAGGUAAUUUCCGUCAAAUAAUUGUAAUCGCGAUUAAAUUUCGAAAAAUGAGUUUUGUCGUUGUGUUGUUACGUUGUUCAGGUUGGUGCUCGGAUUUGUUUCAUCCUUGAGCUCUACCGACUUCGUAUUAACACUUCGGUGGAUUUUGGUCCCAUAUAUCUAUGAUAUAUCAAAGUAUGUAGGUUCUAUGAACAUGAUAAACAAAACUUAGUUGUAAGAUUUUGGAAUUAUUGCAUUAGAGUGUUUUCAUUAUCAUCAAUUGGGGUAAAUUGGUUUUAGGGGGAAAUAGUGAAAUUUUUGAAUACAAACAAAAAAUAUAAACCUAAUGCAAUUCUUCUGAAUAAUUAAACACUGGGCAGUUAGCUCAGAUGUUAUUUUAUUAAGGAAAAUAAUUAAUAUAGUCCAUAUAAGUGUAAUAAUUUGCUAUUUGCUAUAAAUUUAUAUUUAAUUUUAAGUUUGUUUGCAAUAUUUAUUUAAUAAGUUAUGAUUUAAAUAUUUAUCUACGACACAAACAUAUUUACAUAUUGAAUAUUGUUAAUUAUUCAUAUUAUUUAUUGAAGUUUUUAAUCUCAGUGUAUUUUGUUUAUAAUAAAAUUUUGACAGCAA